UUUUAGUUCAUUUUGCUGGAUGUUGGUUGAGGGUUGGCAUGUUUACAGUUUAUUGGUAGAUGUCUUCCAGAGCAGACAGAUAGGUAUUGGAGCUUACUGUGGGUUGGGAUACGGUAUCCCUGUUCUUAUAGUUACCGUUUCAAUCCUCUGCAGCUAUCUUCUAGAUCUACAGGGAUAUGGUGGUGAGUCGUUUUGUUGGUUGAACCAUGAACAUGGAUUCAUCUGGGCGUUUGGAGCUCCAGUAGCGGCGGUUCUUUGUACUAAUCUUCUUAUAUUCAGUCGUGCAAUGUUGGUAUCCAGGAAGGCUCUAAAAAGGCACAAAAAUUUGGACCAAAAAGCCAGGUUUCUUACCUGGAUGAAGGGAUCGACAUCCUUGAUAUCCAUCCUGGGCCUUUCAUGGAUAUUCGGCUUUCUUUAUACCUAUCAGGGAAUGGAAUGGAUGGCAGUUUUAUUCACUUUACUGAACUCAUUGCAAGGCUUAAUAAUAUUCCUGAUGCAUGUUGUGCUAAACGAACAGGUUCGGAAGAAAACUCUAGAAUAUUUGACCAGAAAGAUGAAGAACGUUGAGGAUACGUCCUAUCACUCCAGGACCUCCACCAGGAGAGGAGGGUUGAGUAGAAGAUUAAGAAGAAAGCAAAGUGAAUCUACAGUAGUUGAUCUCAACUCCAACAUCAGUUUCAGUAAGGAGAUCAUAGUUGAAGAAUCAGCUGAUGAUGUUCUGGAAUUGCAGGAAUCAGCUGUUGUACAUGAAUCAGCUGUUGUACAUGAAUCCGUGGAUUUACAUGAAUCAGCGGACCCGGAGAAUGUUACAGACCAUGAUAAAAAGCAUUAAGAAUCAGGAGAAAUUUAUUUAUAAAAACAAAUAAAAAUUGUAGUUAACAUAAUAAAGAAGAUACGCUUUUUUA